AUGCUUCGGUUUAUCACCAGAACCACCACGCCGCUAUUGGCAUUUGGGUUGGGUUUUGCGGCGUUCCCGUACCGCAAGAGUGUCCGUGAUACGAAAUUACAGCAUAUUAAUGAGGAUAUUGCCCAGAAAAUCUUGUCUAGUAAUCAGGCUCAGGAGUUGAUAAACGACCCAGAAUGGGAACAAGUGAUUUCUAGCAACACGUUCCCACAUCAACACAAGAAGAAUUACGUUAGUCGUGGGCUUCUAAUGGGCCCAAAUCUUUUCGAAAUUGAUCCAAUCAUUUACAUGAAUCCCACUAAAGGUGAAUUUGUGGGGUUUUACCAUUUGGGGUCAAAGCUAGUUAGUCAAGAUGGUCGCGUCCAUAAUGGUGUGGUGGCGACGCUUUUAGACGAGGGGUUAUGUGCAUGUGGGUUUCCUCGACUCCCCUCCACAAAAGGCGUGACUGCACAAUUGGCCCUUAAUUUCGAAAACGAAGCCGAUCCUGAAACCACCGUGGUGUUGCGGGCGAAAAUAAUCGAGGCGCGCGGCCGCAAAGUGGUGAGUGGUGGAACCCUCGAGUCGUUUGAUCCCGAAGGCAAAACGCAACCUCACGUCAUUGCCAGUGGGAAAGUUGUUUUGGUUGAGCCUAAUUGGUUCAAGUACUUUCGAUGGGUACAGCCAGUAUGA